GUGUGUGUGUGUGGUAGAAGGGGAGAGGCCUGGGGCUAGACCGUAUGCCUGAGAGAGGAAUUGUAAGAAGAGCUAAGUUAGGGCCGGGUCUUGAAUUUGCUCUUCCCAGCGGGAAGGGGACUGGAUCCUUCAAAGGAGAUGCUCUCUGGUUCCCAAGGGCAAAGCGUGAGCGUGUGUCCUGAGAGCUGUAAAAGGGGCGGAGGCUGCACAUGGGUCUCCCUUCCUUGGUUCCAGAUAGAGAAGAAGCUGGAGCCUCUGCCAGAGGAUGAAGACCAGCACACAGAUCUGACUCAGAGCCAUCGUCCACUCACUGGCUGCACCAUUUUCCUGGGCUACACGUCCAACCUCAUCAGUUCAGGCAUCCGUGAGACCAUCCGUUAUCUCGUGCAGCACAACAUGGUGGAUGUCUUGGUGACUACGGCAGGGGGCGUGGAGGAGGAUCUCAUCAAGUGCCUGGCGCCCACGUACCUGGGCGAGUUCAGCCUCAGGGGGAAGGAGCUACGUGAGAACGGGAUUAACAGGAUUGGGAACCUGCUGGUGCCCAAUGACAAUUACUGCAAGUUUGAGGACUGGCUGAUGCCCAUUCUGGACCAGAUGGUGCUGGAGCAGAACACAGAGGGUGUGAAGUGGACACCUUCCAAAAUGAUCGCCCGACUUGGCAAGGAGAUCAACAACCCAGAGUCAGUGUAUUACUGGGCCCAGAAGAACCACAUCCCUGUAUUGAGCCCAGCGCUCACAGAUGGUUCGCUGGGCGACAUGAUCUUUUUCCAUUCCUACAAGAACCCAGGUCUGGUCCUGGACAUCGUGGAGGACCUGAGACUCAUCAACACCCAGGCCAUCUUUGCCAAGCGCUCUGGCAUGAUCAUCCUAGGCGGGGGUGUGAUCAAGCACCACAUUGCAAAUGCCAACCUCAUGCGGAAUGGGGCUGACUAUGCUGUCUACAUCAACACGGCUCAGGAAUUUGAUGGCUCCGACUCUGGUGCCCAGCCAGAUGAAGCUGUCUCUUGGGGCAAGAUCCGGGUGGAUGCACAACCUGUCAAGGUCUGUGCUGAUGCCUCCCUGGUCUUCCCCCUGCUUGUGGCUGAGACCUUUGCUCAGAAGGCAGAUGCCUUCAUGCAUGAGAAGAACAAGGACUGAGCUGUGACCCCAGGGAGGGCCCCCUGCCAUUUAUUAGUAGACCCAGCCUCUUCUCCAUUCCUUGGUUCAUGGCACAUCCAUAAUAAAUGGCCCCAGUGGUCCAGA